GUGAAUCCCUCUCACAGUGCUGCAGAUAGGGGCUGCCAACACAUGCGUCGCGUCUGCAGGUGAGGGAACAGGCUGAACAUGCUGGACACAGUGAGGAAUUCAACCAACGUUUCCUAAAAAAAAAAAAAAAAAAUACUGCGUCGGAUAUACAUUUCUCUCUUUUUUUGGUUGUUUGAUUUUUUCUUUUUUUGAAAUACAACCCUGAUUUUUUUCAGCAGGUUGUACAUCGUGGAGUUGGCUCGCAAAAAAAGGGGAGAGAGAACACUACUGUUCUGCUAGUUGCAAGUGACUUGGAGGAAGAGAGCAAGAAUAGAGAAACCAGACAGGUAAUUUGCCUCAUAUUUAUAUCCUCCAGAUCAGAGAGUUGACGCGCAGUCAACACUCGCCGUAUGAUGAGUUUGGAAACUGCGCGGGCAUUUAAAUGAUCCUCUGUGGACAUAUCACCGGACAGAGGGAUAUUGCAGCCUCACCCCAGCAGUAAAGGAGAUUCCACAAACUGUGAGUAAAACGGAGCGACAUGGACUGAAUUCACUUUCUGGUGAUGUGAUGCUCGGACUAUAACAUUUUGGCUUUUACGCGCAUGACAUCCGCAUAUUUGGGGCACCGUCCGGAGCGCACGGAGCUUCUCUGGUGUGUUUUUUUGAUACCACUGCGGCUUUUUUUGUUGUUGAGUAAAACAAGAGCAACAAACAUUCAAUACAGAAGGGGGAAAAACAGAGGAGAGAGGAAAGCCCGUGUGCUUGCUGCUUUUCACUGCAGCAGGAGCGAUAGGAAGUCGUCCGGAGGAUGAAGUCUUACGCAUCCCGAAGCAGAGGGCUUUGCUCUAAAUGAAAACGAUAUUUCUUUUCUGUAAUCGGACUUUCCAUUAGUGAUUAUUCUUUUCUUUUUUUACAUUUCUGUUUUUUUCAAAUUGAAGUGAACAUUUUCUGGAGUGAACAAUGAGGACUACUGGUGCAGUGGACUAUUUGUACUAUUGCAUGCUCAUCCUGCAGCUUGUGCAUCAGCCCGCCGCCAAGCAAGUGCUCCGGUACCGUUUAGCAGAGGAGGGACCCGCCGAUGUCAGAGUAGGGAACGUAGCCGCCGACCUGGGCAUUGUUGCCGGGUCCGGUGAGGUGACAUUCACUCUCGAAUCGGGCUCAGAUUUUUUCAAAAUAGACAACAUAACAGGUGAGCUCACCACUAACGAGAGGCGGAUAGACCGGGAAAAAUUACAGCAGUGCCAAAUGAUAUUUGAUGAAAACGAGUGCUUUAUAGAUUUUGAAGUGUCAGUGAUAGGACCAGCCCAGAGCUGGGUCGACCUCUUUGAGGGAAAAGUCAUCAUAUUAGAUAUAAACGACAACACUCCGUCUUUCCCUUCCCCUGUCCUGACACUGUCUGUGGAGGAAAACAGACCGAUUGGAACCCUUUAUCUGCUGCCCACAGCCACAGACAGAGAUUUUGGCAGAAAUGGAAUAGAGAGAUAUGAGCUUAUUCAGGACAAUGGGGAGAACUCAAGGCGCUUGGGGUCCUCGGGGGAUUCAUACUCGGGGAAGAGGAGAUUUGAGGAAGGAGCGAGCAGGAGCAGUGUCUUUGAACUGCAAGUUGCUGACACCACCGAUGGAGAGAAGCAGCCUCAACUCAUCAUUAAAGGGGCCCUUGAUAGGGAACAGAGAGACUCCUAUGAGCUCACACUGCGCGUUAGGGAUGGAGGAGAUCCCCCUCGCUCCUCGCAGGCCAUUCUGAGGGUAAUGAUCACUGACGUGAAUGACAACAGCCCUCGGUUUGAGAAGAGCGUGUAUGAAGCUGACCUCCCAGAAAACAGUUCCCCUGGUGCCCCCAUACUGCAGCUUAAAGCGGCUGAUGCAGACGUGGGGGUUAAUGGUCAAAUCGAGUAUGUGUUUGGGGCAGCCACAGAGUCAGUGCGGAGGCUGCUGAGGUUGGAUGAGAGCACAGGGUGGCUGAGUGUGUUGCACCGUAUUGACCGUGAAGAAGUGAGCCAACUGAGGUUUACAGUAAUGGCCCGUGACCGAGGCCAGCCACCCAAAAUGGACAAGGCCACUGUGGUGCUGAACAUCAAGGAUGAAAAUGACAACGUUCCUGCUAUUGAGAUCAGAAAAAUUGGCCGCAUUUUCUUAAAAGAUGGCAUCGCCAACGUGGCUGAGGAUGUGGUCGUGGACACACCCAUUGCCUUAGUUCAGGUGUCAGACCGAGACCAGGGGGAAAAUGGCAUAGUUACCUGCACCGUUGUAGGGGAUGUGCCGUUUCAGCUCAAACCAGCGAGUGAGAUGGAGGGUGAGCAGAAUAAAAAGAAAUAUUUCCUCCACACGUCUGCACCACUGGAUUAUGAGGCCACACAGGAAUACAAUGUGGUCAUAGUGGCUGUAGACUCUGGAAGCCCCAGCCUGGCAAGUAAUAACUCUCUUAUCGUCAAAGUGGGUGACACUAAUGACAACCCUCCUAUCUUCAGCCAGAAUGUAGUGGAGGUGUCGUUUCCAGAAAACAAUGCCCCUGGCGAGAGGGUGACAACAGUGGCAGCCAUUGACGCAGAUAGUGGGAAGAACGCUGAAAUAGCCUAUUCCCUAGACUCAUCAGUAAAUGGGAUUUUCUCUAUCGAUGCAGACAGUGGAGACAUCCGAGUAAACACCAUUCUGGAUAGAGAGCAAACAGAGCGCUACGAAUUCAAAGUGAUAGCCAAAGAUAAGGGCAUAAACACCCUUCAGGGUUCUGCAACAGUGGUUGUCCUUGUGGCCGAUAAGAAUGACAAUGAACCAAAGUUCAUGCAGGAUGUGUUCACCUUCUAUGUCAAAGAGAACCUUGAUCCAAACAGUCCAGUCGGCAUGGUUACAGUAAUUGAUGCAGAUAAAGACCAAAAUGCAGAGAUGGGUCUUUUCAUAGAGGAAGAGGAGGACAUCUUCUCUAUUGAGAAUGAAACUGGGACAAUUUUCUCCACCUUGUCCUUUGACCGAGAACAGAAAACUACAUACACAUUCCGAGUCAAAGCUGUGGACGGAGGUGACCCUCCCAGAUCCGCCACCGCCACGGUUUCACUUUUUGUCAUGGAUGAAAAUGACAACGCGCCGACCGUCACCUUUCCGAUAAACAACUCCUACACACUCCUCCCUCCCUCCAGUAAUAUCAGAACAGUCGUCAGAACCGUCAUCGCCACUGAUACAGACACUGGCAUCAACGCAGACCUCAACUACAGCAUCAUUGGGGGAAACCCCUUCAAGCUUUUUGAGAUUGAUGGGGGCACUGGGGUCAUUUCACUGAUGGCAAAGCUGGAGCAGAAGCACUACGGCCUCCACAGACUGGUGGUCCAGGUGAAUGACAGUGGGCAGCCCUCACAGAGCACCACCACACUGGUGCAUGUGUAUGUUAAUGAGACUCUUUCCAAUUCCACAGUUGUGGAGGCCCAGGUGUUUAAGAGCCUGAGCACAUCUCUCAACACCAACAUUGCUGGUGACCCAAACUAUGAUCUCAGCAAACAGCGAUUAAGCAUUGUAAUUGGAGUAGUUUCUGGCAUCAUGACAGUCAUCCUCAUCAUCCUUGUUGUUGUCAUGGCCCGUUAUUGCCGUCCCAAGAAUAAGAAUGGAUAUGAGGCCGGCAAAAAGGAUCACGAAGACUUCUUUACACCACAGCAGCAUGACAAAUCCAAGAAGCCCAAGAAAGAUAAGAAGAAACAGAAGUCCAAACAACCUCUCUACAGUAGCAUUGUCACUGUAGAGGCAUCCAAGCCCAAUGGGCAGCGCUAUGACGGCGUCAAUGAGAAGCUGUCGGACAGUCCCGGCAUGGGCCGCUACCGUUCAGUCAACGGAGGGCCGGGCAGCCCAGAUCUGGCCCGCCACUACAAGUCCAGUUCACCACUCCCCACUGUCCAGCUUCACCCGCAGUCACCAACAGCUGGAAAAAAGCACCAGGCAGUUCAGGACCUGCCCCCUGCCAAUACCUUUGUUGGCACCGGAGAUAACAUUUCGCUUGGAUCUGACCACUGCUCUGAAUACAGCAGUCAAACUAUCAACAAGUACAACAAACAGCCGUUUCGCCGAGUGACCUUCUCGGUGGUGAGCCAGCCCCAGGACCCUCACCAGCAGGGAUCGCUGCAGAGCUGCUACGACAGCGGCCUGGAUGAGUCGGAGACACCCAGCAGCAAGAGCUCAUCGGGCCCCCGGCUGGGCGCCCUUCCCCUGCCUGAGGACAGCUACGAGAGGACAACGCCGGAUGGCAGUGUCGGUGAGGCAGAGCACAUGGAAAAUGACUCUCGGCCCUUGCCUGACGUAGCCAUGACUGGCAAGUGCACCCGGGAAUGUGACGAGUACGGCCACUCGGACUCCUGCUGGAUGCCUGUGCGCACGUCGCCCGAGCGACGGCCAUCCAAGUCAACCACCACCCCUCAACAACCAAAGCUUUCCACUUUCAUGAGCGGCAACGGCAGCAGCAGCAGCAGCAGCGCCGAGCAGCCCGGCAGCCAAGAGACCCUCGCCAUGGCCGCCAUGGCCAACGGAGACCCCACCGCUGCUCACAUGAUGGGCGACCGCAAUCGCAACUUGCUCAACAAGAAGAUGGCCUCCUCCUCCUCCUCCUACGAAGCCUUCGGCUCGCCUUCCUACGGCUCGCCAGGAGGCGGGGAGGAGGUGCUGGGCCACCCCACUGAGGAGAUCCCCCUUGCACCCACUGGGGAGUACAAGCCCACAUCCUGUGGUACUCUGACACGACGGGAGGUGUAUCUGUGAGCUGGGAGGGUGAGACGCACAUAAUAUGCCACACCACGAGGCAUCUAAAUACAACACUAAGCAUAGUUGCUUACCCACCACCAUUACAGCUCUAGAAGCUUUUUAGCCACCCUUGUUCUGCGCAAGGUAGGACUAAACUUUCUCCAAAGACUUUGACAACACUCCUUAAUGAAAAAUCUAAGUGGAUAUUAUACACAUAGUACCAUUUUUAAAGUGCUAAUUCCGGCCAUGACCUGGAAGAAAGGAGGAGGAGGAAGAACUGUUGCCGAUUGGACUUUCAGCGAGGCUGUUCUACUGGCGAGUCGGGCUCUUGGGACACAGUCUGCUGCCUGACAGUCAAUCUGUACAGUAACCAACUCAUUUUACAUAUACAGUACAUGCAUGCAUUUCCCCCCUGUUCUCAUUCAAGGCCCCAUUCCCUGAAGUUGACACUGUACAAAUCAGACCAUUUCUUUCUAGGUUUGUCUUUUUUUUUUAUUUUUAUUUUUUUUAGAAACAAAGCUGUACACAGACUAUUUUGACUUUGACGUGCGUCUGGAUAUGCCUUUUUAAAAAAUUAUCUCCGAACAGUGCAACUGUCUGGCCACGAUGUUCUGUGGCUAGAGAAAUAUACUGGACAACGGUCCCAUGGUAUCAUACUGACCAUGGCUUCUGUCAUCUUUACAGUUUGCGAUUAAAGUUGCAGAACAUUCACUGAUCGUAUUAAAAUCUUACAAGGACGGGAAAGACUAAGCUUUAAAUACUCAGUCCUCUCUUGAUAUGGAGAUUCUUGGAUGGAAAUGGGACCCAAUGGAAUUUGCUGCAACAACCCCUUGGUUAGACUACAACCACAUUGGUAGACUUUGAUGAACUUAACGAUGACUGAUUCUAAUCUACCGGUGCACACGCUCUUCACAGGUGUCACUCAUUGUACAUAAACAUUGGACCAUAGCAACAGUGCUAACUGCUCUCAUUCCCUUCUGUCUCGCUACCUUUCCUCAGUCUCUCGUUCUUUGUCUUUGAUUGGCGAGAUUGAGACCAAAACCCUCCUAAGAAAUGCAAGAUCUUAGAACCAUGAUGUAUAAUCGCAUUGGCUGGAAAAGCAUGUGAGUCCUCAGUUGUACAUUUUCGGAUCACCUUGGUGGGAUGCGACUGCUUAUACCAAGUUGUAAUACUUGCCCUGUUUUUCUCAAACACACACGCAGACACACACACAUGCAGAAGCAGAAAAGCAGGUUCAUUUAACUGAGACCAGUGGUGCUGCUGUACUAACUGAACAUCCUGGGUGUGUGUCGCAAUGUGUGGCAUGAGAUAAAAAUUAUCGAGGUGCAACUGAAAUUGUAUGUGUAUGGGCCAGAUAUGCAGUAUAUGGUAUUUUUGUAUAGGCCCCUGUAGAUGUACACCAGUAAUAGGAUUAGGAGGGCAUAAACAUGGCCAAGUUGGUCCUAAAACAGCUGCAAGGACAGCUUUUUACUGUUAUUUCCUUUUUUUGUUGUUGCGUGAUAGGACUGAGCAAUAAAUAUCAUCAUGUACAUGUGACCAACAAGCAUCAGCUUCUUUUUCACUUCCUCUCAAGCCUUCAAGGUGAAGUUAACCCACAUGUGGCUGUCAAAGAGUCCUUUUAUCACUAGUAGAUGUUGCUUUCCAUAGUACAUGGUGAUGGCAUCUUUGAGCAUGAAUGUAAGAAUCUGCUCAAUGGAGAACAAUCAAAAAGCAACGUCUGACUGAGCAGAUGCCCGGAUGUUCUGGGAUUACAAGCAGAGAAAAUUGGUGUCAAAGUGAAACCAAAGCUUCGCGAACAGGAUGAAGCAGUCCCCCUUUCACACACAGAAAAAAAUAGCUUUGCGGGAGAACUUUGCUUUAAGUACACAUUACGUGAAGACCUUUUAAUGAAGGAUUGAGCUGGAGUGAUAAGAAUGUGAUGUCUCAACAAAACAUCCAUUACAUCCUCAGAGCUGACGCUUUACGACCACGAACACACAGACACAUUAUAAUGUUGAGAUGUUGUGCCUCCCUGUCUACAGUGGGUUUUCUUUCUUUCUUUUUUUUGCAGCUACAGAGGCGCAAAAUCUCAUGACUGUAAUAAAGCAAAAGAAUAUCAGAUGCAAUGGAACUUUUUGUAUGUUAGCAAAACCCCUUUGGUUUGACCGGAGCUGCUUUUUCAGCAUUCCGGCAAUCUAUAGUCUGUAAGUACUACUCGUUGUUUGAAAGAAAGUGCUCCUAUACUUAUCAACUGUAUACAUAAAUAUUUACUUUUUACUGCACGUUUAAUGGGAACUUAACUUCACUUACUGAGAAGGAAGAAGAAAAAAACUGUAAAACAAAAUGUACAAAAAAAAUGUUACCCUGUAAACAUGGAAAUCCAUCUUGUUGCUUGCUUUUGUUAUACUUAAAAGACAUUAGCCAUGUAGUACAACUUAGUACAUCGAUUAAGACCAUACUGUUGAUUUAUUUUCAUGUAUUUUUUCAACCUAAAUUUCUUUCUUGUCUCUUAAAUCGCAACACAAACCCGAAUCUUUCAUAUGUUUCUUUUACAUCAACUUUUUACCAUAAGGACUUUUUUUUUCUUCUUCAUCUUGUAGUUUACUUUUUAAUCUCAUACAUUGAUUAGUGACACAGUAACAGUCAAAACCGUGGAAAUGAUCAUGACAAUGUACUAUGUGUUUUACUUUUUUCUUUAUCUGGUGCCACUUUGUAUAUUUAGAGUGCUUCUGAAAAAAGAAAAAAAAACUUUAAAAAAAAAUACUAGAGUGAAUGCAAAUAUGCAAUUGUGCCUUUUUAUACCAAUUGGUAUGAUUAAAUGUUGGUUUGGAAUGGUGCAUAAACAAUUCUGUUGACACGCUUACAAAAAGUAGAUGGGGUGGCAUUUAAGGACUGAAAUACAUUUGCAUAUCUUAGAUGAAAUCCCAUGAUGUCAAAAGGCUUUUUGGAGGACGACCAGUCAAAUGUCAGUUAGCCUGUAGGUCUAAUGCUUAAAUGGCUAUUGUUCAUUGGGUUCAAUUAUCUUGUUGAAGUAUCCAUUCCUAGCUUAGUGCAUAACCGAAUGAGUACAGGUACAUUCAAAAAGUUGCUUGUUGGUAGAAAUAAUAAUGAUAUAAUGGAUUUUUUUUUGUCGUGUUCCACUCAUGUACAUGUGUGACAUCAGAGGUCAAGUAACCUUCUUUGUGCAUGAAACAAGCUCUAGGACUGAAUAUAGAAGCUUGGAAAAAUAGAGGGCGGGAAAAAGAAAAAAAAAUGCUUGGAGACAUUUGACUGCUCAGAGUUGAGGGAGCCUAGAGAUAAAAAUGCUAAUGUGAUGGUUUACUAGGAGGAGUGAAAGUGGGGGGAAAAAAAGCUGCAAGGGAGAGCAGCUGACAGAACACACACCUCAGGAUGUGCUGUGCAACACAACACUCAUACACACAGAUUUACAGUAUAUGCAUAUCAGUAGAUGAUGAAACCCUGUCGUACAAAUAAGCGCGGUGCGGGGUUUGCUGUGAUGUUGCGAGGUGAUGCUUUGAAUUUCUAGAUCAGAUAAAGCGAAAACAAAGACUCCGUGGAGCGAACCUCUGACAAAAAAAAAGAAGAAAUGAAAGAGAAGUUGCCAUACACUGGCAACUACACUGAGUGCAAUCUAUACUACAUCAUUUUUGAGUAGUGAUACACACAGUAGCUUGUUGGUUUUUUUUGUUUUUUUUUCUGAUAUUCACCGAGAUAACAGCUACAGAAAUCUGGAUGAUGAUCUGGUGGUUUUAUGUUGGAAUUCUCUUCUUAACAUUGGACAAAAAAACAUGACCUCCCAUCAAAAUGUCUGUAUCUUGUUGAUGCCUGAGGUAUGUGCUCAGUUUGUGCUCUCCUCUAUUCGUAUAGCAUUCACAGUGUGUAAUGAGAUUUGUAAUAUUAACCAUUACUAUUUGUCCUGCGACUUGGAUGUUGAUAUAGAAAUUGAGGAACAAAUUUAUCAUCGUUUAAUAUGAGUCACUAUGCACGCAGCUUAGCUGAACAUGGCAAAGUGUAUUGAACGCAAGUCCACUUCUAUUUAUGAGAUAUUUUACAUAAUUUAAUUUGCUUUUGUACAGGUUUGUGUAAAUAAAUUGCUUGUCAUUUUUGUCUCUGCAGAAAUUAAAAUAUAACAUGGUAAAACAACAA